CGUAGUAUAGUCUAGCCCUGCAUGCUGUGGUCAAAGUUCAAUUAUCGGUGGUGUGUUCUAAUUGGAGUAGUCCGGUCCGCGUGUCGGUGUAGAGAGCGGCACUAUGGAAGUAGAAGAGCAGGGAGAAACGACGGGAGUAAAGGCGCCAUCAGUUGCAGCUGGUGCUGAGGGGAACGACAAUAGAAGAGACGCUGGCAGCGGGGGCGGGGUGGUGGGUGAGGGGAGUGGGGAGUCGCAGACCGUCUUCCGCGAGACCGCGCAGGUUAGCGAUGCUGUAACUGGUACACCUGGUGCUGAGAGUGUCAGAGGUGGCAGUGGAGACAGAGAGGAAGGAGGACAGAGUGGGAGGAGUGAGGAGGAGAAGAAACUAUGGGCCACUGUCUCAUCAAAUCCGUCAGACUUCAAAAGUUGGACUACUCUCUUGCAGCUUGCUGAGCAGAAUAGUGUGCUGAGUGUGCUGAGUGUUGCUCGAGAGACCUUCUCCCAGUUCCUGAGGUUCUACCCGUUCUGCUACGGCUACUGGAAGAAGUACGCGGAGCUGGUACGGCGACUGGUCAGCGGGGAGGCGGCCCGGGAGGUCCUGGAAGAGGGCGUGGCUGCAAUUCCACUCAGCGUUGACCUGUGGCUCCACUACGCCUCGUUUGCCACCGCUCACUACAAGGAUUCCCCGAAGGCCGAGCAACUAAUCCGCAGGUCUCAUCCUCUAUCACCCCAUCCUCCUCCCACUUUGAAAACUACCAUUUCCCAGCAAGUCACACAUUCUGCCUCUUAUUUUCAUUAUAAUGCUUUCAUAGAAGAGGUAUUGAAUGAUUGACCAGGGCUGGGGAGUAGUGGUCUGUGUGCAUGUAGUGAUGUUCAUGUUUCUGUUCCCAGCCCGCAUGGGAAUCGAGGUUCGGAAACCUGCGUACGUGUAAGUGCUUGCUCUGGCUCUGAAGAGCCUAAUCUCCAUAUUAUUAUGUAAUCAUUGUUACUUGUUCCUCUCCCCACCCCCCGACUGCGGCACACGCCCCCAUCGGUGUGCCAUCAGGCCACACGGCACACAGCCUAUCUGUGUGCGGCGUGUGCGUGUUCCUAGCCGCGUCAGGUAAAUGUGCCGGCUUUUUUUGCUGGCACAAUCUGCUCAACUCUCUCAUACUGUACCAUCUCCGUGACUAUAAUAUAACAAACAAUCUCUCAUUUCUCCCAUGAUGUACUACAUGCUGCAGUGUCUAUGAUAGGGCAGUUGAUAGCUGUGGACUCGACUACCGCUCCACCGGGAUAUGGGAGGCGUACAUUGGGUGGGAGUCUGGGGGAGGACGACAGGAGAGGGUCACUGCUCUCUACGACAGACUGCUGGCCACACCCACCAAGGACCUCGCAACCCACUUUGACAAUUUUAAGAAGCUUCUCGAGACCACGCCCACCUCUCAGAUGCUCUCCGAGGAAGAGUAUAGAGACAUGACCAGUCAGGCAGGAGACGUCACCCAGGGAGAGGCCAUGUUGGACGGGUAUGUGAGAAAGGUGACACUGGAGCAGAGGACUGCGGUGUUCGAGAGGACGAUGGCAGAACUGGAGAAAAGAAAGCACUUUGAACUAAUGAUAAAGAGACCAUAUUUCCACGUGAAGCCACUGGAGAGACUCCAACUCAAGAACUGGAGGGACUACCUCGAUUUUGAGAUAUCGCAGGGGGAUCCCCGCAGGAUUGAGUUUCUCUUUGAGCGCUGUGUCGUCUCCUGCGCCCUCUACGAAGACUUCUGGAGCAAAUACUGCAAGUAUGCCGAGACCCACAUCCGAGAAUGGGCCAGCGCAAUCUACAGACGGGCCUGCAACAUUCACCUCCAGCAGAAGCCUAACAUCCACGUGGCCUGGGCUGCGUUUGAGGAGAAGAACGGUAAUGUGGACACAGCGAGAGAGAUCCUGACCAGCGUCGACAGAGCUGUCCCGGGGCAGGUGGCGGUGAGGGUGCGGAGGAUCGGACUAGAGAUCCGAGCAGGUCGCUACUCUGAGGCCAACGCCCUCUACCAAGAGACCCUCAGCUCAACCAUGGCCCUGGAGACCAGGAACUUCUACGCCUGGAGAUACGCCCGCUUCACCGACAAGCUAAUGCGGGACCAUGGGAAGGCAGUCUCAGUCAUGACGACAGCAGUGGACAUGGACCCCUCAAACACCACUCUCUACCUACAGUUACUGGACCUGCACACCUCUGGCCCCGCCCCUCCAGACAUGCCGGCUGCCGAGGCCCUCUUUGCCAAGGUGGCCAGCUCUCCUCAUCUCUCUGAGGAAGCCAAGGACUCAUUCCUCACCAGAAGACAACAGCUGCUCGAGGAGUUUGGAGGAAACUUUUCCGAUCUGCUAGAGGUGACUGAGAUGUGUGAGAAAAUAGCGCGGAAAACAAGAAAAAGACUGGCCAGCGAGGCCGAUGGUGGUCCUGCCAAAAAGACGACGGGAGACCAACCCCAGCUGGUGACCAUGCCUACUUCACACCCAAUGGGCAUGGUUCAACCGUUGACCCCCGAUCAACAGCAGUGGGCGGCAUACCAACAGCAAUGGGCUGGUUACAACUAUGCCCAGCCUCAGCAGGGACAACUUUACCAGGGCUACUACCCUCCCUAUCCUUACAGCCAAGCCUCUGCUACUACAUGAAACUAUAAUAUUUACACAAAUCAUGAUAUUGUUGUACUCACACACCCACCAAAACUUUCAUCUCUCAAAUGCAAGCAGGGCUACUGCGUCAAUUGGCCAUAAUUGUACAUUUCAGGCCUAUAAUGUAGCUAGCCUGGCCUCUUCGCAAGCAGUUCGAUGUUCACUAACAUCUACUAUAUAUUGCGUACAAUUUAUAAUAUAUCGAUAUUAUGGAAUUCCUCACGAGAGGCUAGUAAUUUGUAAGAUACAAAUCGUCACACUAAUUGGGCGGACACUAACUCAGCAGUAAGGGGAUGAGUGUGGACACACACUAUCGGUAAAUCUACACUCGAUUAACACGAACGGUGUCUAG